CUCUCUACAUGUUGAAUAUGCAUGAAGCUAGUCUAUUGUUUAACAGCAUCACAACAACCUCUGUACAUGUAGAAUAUGGGGCAUGUGUCGCCUGGAGGGAGCGAAGAAUAUUUCUUUAACAAGUGAAGACAUCUGAUGCAAGCAGUUGAAGCUACACCAUGAAGCUGUUUGUCUGCACACUGCUUGUGACGAUCGUUGUCGUGGCGAUGCUGAUUGAGGACAGCGAAGGGCUUUCAGGGUGGAGGAGGAGGAGGAGGAGCCGACGGUCCGGGCUCGACAGUCGAUCUAACCUCCCCGUCAACUUGGACGAAGGGCCAGAGCUGAGGGAGGUGUUGGAAGAGGCAAGGGACCUCCUAGACAGUCUGAUGGAGAAACAGGAGCAACUGGAAGCACGGGAGCUCCAGAUGGAUCCGGAGGAGGAAGAUUAUACCCGAAAGCGACGCUAAGUCCUGUAACCAGCGCAGCCUAACGGAUGAACUGAAGACUGGAGUUUUCAGUGGCAUUAAAAAGGCUGGACUGGACGCUAGGUUGAUGAGUAAAUCGUGUAAACGCAGUGUCUUGUAAUGAUCCUUAUCCAUGUAUGCAGGAUUUUUUUUUUCUUGUUGAGUUUCCAUUUUACAGUCCGCCUUAUACCUCACAGUCACUUACCUCACAUUGAUAUACGAUCAACCAUUUCGAAGUUACAAACUUUAUAGGGGUCAACAAGGAUACUGUGUACACGGAGUUUAUUCAAUAAAACCUACU